ACAUAUUGACUCAAAGCAGUCGCAGUGAUGUCUGAUUUGAAGUUGCACGUACACCCUGGCGAUGUGAUCGCAGCGGUCAAAACUUUGCAUGGCGGAGAUGCCGCCCUGGUCGAUUACGAAGUGCUCAAGGGCACAGAGACAGUUCAGGGUUUCAUGUCGAGUAUCUUCAGGGUUCGAGCGACCUGUCAGGUACCCAGUGGAGAAAUUAAGGUGGCGCAGUUUGUGGUCAAAAGGUUGCCAGUGAUGGAGGCGCAAAGGAAGGUGGCGCAGGAAAUGCGACUUUUCGACCAGGAGGCCGCUUUUUUCACGAGGUGCUUCCCGCUGAUGAAAAGGAAGUGUCCUGACCUGAAGGUGGUUGAAUGCUUUUUCACACACUCGGCCAGCACUAUUGUGAUGGAAGACCUGGGCCUGUCUGGUUUUUCCUCUAUUAUCAAAAACCUUGGAGAGCUUGAGGAACAAGUGCUUACUUUAAGCCAUGUAAGAAUGGUGAUACGCGAGUUGGCAAAGUUCCACGCGUCUUCGCAAGGUACGGACUGGCUGAAAGAGAUGCCUGAGCUUUUUGAGCGAGAUGUGCUGCUAGAGGGGGACGGUGGAAAGACCUUUAGGCAGAUGGUCAGUGGCACCAUUAUCUGCACUGUUGUGCCCUUAAUGAAGCACAUUUACAAAGACGAUUUGGACAGAAUUAAAAAAUAUACAGACUGGCUUGAGGACCUGCAAGGCAACGUUUUUCCAUGCUUGGUUAAAUCUUGCAAAGCCGAUCCUAGGUACGUGAAUGCUCUUUGUCACGGCGACUGCUGGGUGAACAACUUCAUGUUCCGAAGUCACCCUGACACGGACGAACCGCUCGAAAUCAGGUUCAUCGACAUGCAGGUCCUUCGUUACGCUCCUGUUUACUCUGAUCUGAUGUACCUUUUGUACUUGAGUAUCAAGAGUGACUUCAGGAAAAUGCAUGAGAAGAGUCUGCUCAAAACCUAUGUAGAAACCUUCAACUCCAUCAGCAAUUCAACCCCGGAUCCAAUCGAUCUGGAUCAAUUUGUUCAGGGCUACGAUGAAUCAAGAUUAGGCGGCAUGCUUUUUACCAUUUCUUUAUUCCCACUUGCUUUUCUUGAAGAAAUUUCGCCACCAGACGGCGAGGAGCUCUCCGAGGAAAAUCUGAAAAAUUUAUUCGGCACUGGUGGUGAUGAGGAAAAGAGGAAGAUCAAGGCUGUUGAGGUUUUCCAAACUAAUGUAAUAUUUCGCAAGGAUAUGACCAACGCAAUUGCAGAUUUAAUCUUUGAAAUGGACACAAUUGUUUAAGAUAAAGGUGA